AUGUUUGAUGAGCCAACAGCCGAAGGUAAGAAGACCGACGAUAGCGAGAAGGAGAUCAAGAAAGCCGAAGACGCCAGGCCAGAAGAAGACGCUAAGCCAGAAGCCAAGCCAGCUGCUGAGGAAGAGAAGAAGGAAGAGGAAGGAAGCCAAGUUAGAAAAGCCAAAGGAAUAAGAGAAGGAGGAAUCCAACUUGCCGAAGCUACGCCAGCAGAUAUCAACCCCUCCCCACCUCCCCCCCCCCUCCCCCCCCAUCUUAAUCAUAUUGUAAUUUCUAGUUUUGCAAAUGUGGUUUUGUUUACAGACCAAAAGUCAUAUCUUUUUAUGACGGUCAUUUACAGUGCAGUUCACUCUGAACCAGCACUGGUUUGCUCCGCCUUGCUUCGUUAUCACUUCGACGUGCCUCUAGGCUCCGCCCGUGUUUAUGCCGAAGACUUUUUAAGCCCGUGA